ACAACUCUUUUUACAUAUAGAAAGAAGAGCUCUAGAAAGAACAUCUAAGAGAGAGGGAAGAAGGAGAGGGAAGACAUACAGUAGCUGGUUUCACUUUUCAAAUCAGGAUCCUCCAAGACAUGGGUCUACUAGCUAAGGUGGUUCUAUGCAUUAUUCUGCUUCAUCAUCUUCCUUGGUGUUCUGGUUAUGUACAAGGAAAUGAAAAUAAUGUAGAAGACGGACAAAGGAUAAACAGACAACUUAUUAGUGGUGGUGGUCGUGGUGGUGGUAGAUCAGGGUCAUCGUCUUCAUCUAGUAAUCAUGGUGGUGGUUCAGCUUCAAGGAAAUCACCUCACCCGUCAACUGGUAAUGAUAAAAGCUAUGGUAGUGGGACGGCUUCUAAAAAGUCACCUUUUACUCCAUAUGGUGCGGUAUAUGCAGCCGGUGCGGCUCACCAUCACAACAGCAACAACAACAACCACCGCAAUAUGGCUGCCCCUCUCAGCUGCAAUAGAAACAACAACAUUGGGUUGUUGUUCACUGCGCUUAUAGUUGCCAUCUUACUGGUGGUAGCAUCCUCCUAAGUUUCGUAGUUUCUGUACAAAUUUUUGUUUAUAUGAUCCGGUCCGGCCUGUUGCUUUUGGAGUAUGAAUUUGUCACUGUUUUCGUUUGUUUUGCUGCUUUCCAUCCGAAACCAUUUCGUUCCAGCAAGUGAUCAUUUUUUAUUUUUUUUUUUGUAUAUUCUUUGUAUUACUCUUCAUUUGGCCUCAAAAGAAUUAUCCACCGGAAUUUACAAGUUGGUCAUAUUUUAAAGAUAUUGAG